AUGAAUCAAAUCGCUGGCGGUGCGACUGCAAAACCGUUCGUAACGCAUCAUAACGACCUCAAUAUGGAUCUCUUCCUCAGAGUUGCUCCCGAACUUUAUUUGAAGAUGUUAGUUGUUGGUGGUAUUGAUAGGGUUUACGAAGUGGGUCGUUUAUUCCGAAAUGAGGGCAUCGAUAUGACACAUAAUCCUGAAUUUACGUCUUGUGAAUUUUAUAUGGCUUAUGCUGACUAUGAGGAUUUGAUCAAAAUCACCGAAGACUUAGUAUCAAAAAUGGUAUACGCUAUUCAUGGAACAUACAAAAUACAAUAUCAUCCAAAUGGUGCUGGUACGGAACCAGUGUACGAUGUCGAUUUUACACCUCCAUUCAAACGUGUAAACAUGUAUGAAGGCCUUGAGAAAGCACUUGGAACUGAGUUGCCUUCGCCAGAAAUAUUACAUACACCAGAAGCAAAUGCAAUUUUCGAUAAGAUUGCCUCGGAAAGGGAGAUCGAUUGUCCUCCUCCACGAACAACCGCUCGACUGCUCGAUAAGUUGGUUGGUGAAUACUUGGAAUCGCAGUUCGUAUCACCGACGUUCUUGGUUGGACAUCCGCAGAUAAUGUCACCGUUAGCGAAAUGGCAUCGUUCGAUAAGUGGAUUAACAGAACGGUUCGAAUUGUUUGCUGUAACGAAGGAAAUUGCAAACGCUUAUACCGAAUUGAACGAUCCGCUUACACAACGCCAACGUUUUGAACAACAGGCGAAAGACAAACAGGCUGGAGAUGAUGAGGCUCAGAUGAUCGAUGAGAAUUUCUGUACGGCUCUCGAAUAUGGUUUGCCUCCGACUGCCGGUUGGGGGAUGGGUGUUGAUCGUUUGACUAUGAUACUCACUGACAGCAAUAAUAUUAAGGAGGUUUUAUUUUUCCCAGCCAUGCGUCCUGAAGAACAAAAAAUUGGACCGACUCUUGUUGAUGAAGACGAAAGUGUUGCGUGA